UGUGAAGAUUUUCCACCCAUCUACUACAUUUCUGUCUCACUGUGAACCUGUAAAAUAAUGAGCAGCCCACCUAGUCCAUCCCCAACCCGAUGGUUCAAAGCCCUCCGCAGGACGAGGCUGGGAGAACCCUGUUUGAGGACAUACCCUCUGGAGUGUGUGGAUCUGCUGAGAAGGGCAAGAAUCGCCUUUCAGGCUGGACGGACCCUGAAGGAAGGUUUCAGACUGGCCCAGCUGGAGGCUGUGGUGCGGAUGCUGGAAGAGCAUGAAUGUGACUUUGUGGAUGCUCUUGGAAGGGAUCUUCAUAAGCCACGGUUCGAAACUGUCGUGUUUGAACUGAUCACGGUCAAGAAUGAGGCACUUCAUGCAAUCAGCAACCUGAAGAAAUGGAUGGAACCUAAGUCUGUGGAAAAGAAUCUGUCCACCAGCUUGGACGAGUGUUUGGUGAUCAAUGAGCCCCUGGGUGUGGUGUUCAUCAUAGGGACCUGGUGCAGUCCAGUCCAGAUGUGCUUGGUGCCUCUGGUUGGAGCCAUUGCAGCUGGAAACUGUGCCCUCAUCAGCCCCUCUGAGUACACCUUGCACACAGCAGAGCUUCUGCAUCGUCUUAUUCCUUUCUACUUGGAUAAUGAAUGCUUCCAUGUGAUUCUUGCAGGCAUCAGUGACUUGCCUGAGAUUGUGGAGCUUAAAUUUGACCACGUAUUUUUUACAGGAAACAGAGAGGAUGGAAGCAAGAUUGCUGUGACUGCAGCCCGCACUCUCACUCCCGUCACCCUGAUCCUGGGAGGAAAGAAUCCGUGCUACGUGGACCAGCACUGUGACAUCACCACCACCGUGCAGCGUAUUGCAUGGGCGCGUUUUCACAACGCGGGUCAGAGCAUCUUGGCCCCCAGCUACAUCCUCUGCCACACAGAUGUCAAGGCGCGGCUGGUGCAGGCCCUGAAAUGUUGCCUGAUGCAGUUCUACGGCCCCGACCCAAGAGAAUCCCGCAGCUUUGGUCGCAUGGUCAACCUGGAGAUCUUCAACCGUACACGAGAGCUGUUGUGGAGAUCUGGGAAGGUGGUUGUUGGUGGGCAGGUGACGGAGGGAGAGAAGUAUAUUGCCCCAACAGUUCUAGUAGAAGUGGCAGAAUCAGACCCCAUCAUGCAACAGGAGGUCUUCGGCCCGGUUCUCCCAAUACUCACUGUAAAUGACGUGGAUGAAGCCAUUGCUUUUAUUAAUAAGCAAGAGAAGUCCCUCUGUGUGUAUGCAUAUUCCACUAACAAUAAGGUCAUUUCCAGACUCAUGAGUGAGACCUCCAGUGGAAGCUUCUGCUCUAAUGACUGCAUCUUUCAGAGCCUGAUGGUGUCUUUGCCAUUUGGUGGAGUGGGUGCGUGUGGAAUGGGGUCCUUCCAUGGUCACUACAGCUUCGAUACAUUCUCGCACAGAAAAGCGUGCUUGCUUAGAGGGACGCGAUUUGAAUUCGUCACGUAUCUGCGCUACCCACCCUAUGAAGACCGCAAUCUGUCUCUCAUGACAUGGGCUUGUACGCUGUCACAGAAGAGCCAGGGCUGGUGCCAGAUCAUGUGACUGUCACAAAUACUCUUAUUAACCUGCAAGAGGAGAAACUAUAAUGGGAAAUAUCAAAACUAAUUCUAAUGAGACUGAGAAUAUAGACAACGUGGAAUCAAAUGGUUAAUUUAAAGUAUUUUAUGUUUAUUUGAUGAAUUGCUGAGGUUAUUGUGUAAAAUUCUAAUGUUUGAUGUACAUGUACUGCUUAGCUGGUUUAUUUUGUCUUUUGUGUGAUAUUUAAGAAAGAAUGCACUGAACUAAUAACAGAACUGUAGUAUCUGCAUCUAUUACUGUAGAAACAAACGCAGAUUCGAAUAAAUAGGUGAGUUUAUUCAGGUCUCCUGUAGAUCUUCUCCUCUCUGGCUUCCUUCAUGGCUGCGUAUCUGGCAACUGUGAACAGGUAGUCGCUCAACCUGAGUCCAAAUAAAAUGUUUGUACUUUUAUUAGAUGUUUAAUUGGAAAGACAGCUAUGUGUUUUUAAAGCAGAUGAUGCUGACCUGUUGAGAAAUUUUGCAACAUCUGGAUCUGCCUCCCCUGAACGCACAAUUGGAGCAACACUGUGCAGAAAAACACUGAGCUGUCAAAAACACAUCAGCAGUGAAACAAGAAUAACAUAUCAUCUAAAUCUUUGUGUCCUGCAUGUUUUAGAUGUUAGCCUGGUUCAGCACACCUGAAUUAAUUAAAUAGGUUAUUAGAACGCUCCUACAGAGCUUAGCGACCUGCUGAGGAAUCACUUCAGCCAUUUAAAUUAGCUGUGCUGGAGCAGAAAAGCAUCUGAAAUAUGCAGGACAUAGGUCCUCGAGGACCUUGACUGCAAACAACACUUAAACCGCAAACAGUUGGGUUUAGACAGCUUGUAAAAUGCAAAAUACACAAGUGGAUGCAUUAGGAACACUAGUCUAAAAUAAAGAUUUAUCAAACACGACACAGAGGGUGAGGAACAAUUUCCAUUAUCCUAUUAAAAAAUACACCAUCAGUUUUUUUUCUCACAUUUGCUGAAUAAACUGAAAGUUUGAAAA